AUGUUGCUGAAGCGUAUAUCUGCUGCAUUAGUGGCCGCGGUUCAGCUGUGCCAUGGGAUGGUAUCUUACAGUGGUGAGAAAGUAGUGAGGUUCUGGGUCGACGCUGACGGCUUGGAGGUUGAGAGGCGCGAGUUGCUAAGCAGUGUGCUUAACUGUUCCUCGUGCAGUAUUUGGACUGUGAACAGUAAGUUUAUGGACGUCCAUGUGGGGAAUUCUGAGGAUCUUACAGCGAUGGAUUCGCUGACGUCUAUCAUGCACGAGGUUAUCGUCGAAGAUCUGGAUUCUGCUAUCCGGGGUACUUUCCCCGUUGCAGACGACGACCUGGAAUUGUGGGAAACGGUGCAUGCUAGCGGCAGUCAGCAGAACUUCCAGGUUGGCGGGCCAGACUCGAAGUUACAAGUGUUUCACGCGCUAUCCGGUUUCUUCUUCAAAGAGUUCAGAGACUUGAGGACGCUCAAUAUAUGGUUUGCCCUGUUGAAGGAGACAUUCCCGCAACUGGUGGAGAUUGAAGAGUACGGUGAAACUCCAGAGGGGAAUAAACUUCAGGCACUGCAUCUGGCAGCGCACAACCAGGAACUAAACCCGGAGAGGAAAACCGUUAUGUCACUGGAGGGAUCCAUGCAAGGGAGUAGGUCAGCGUAUCUACAGCUUGCUUUAUCACGGCACAGUUGCUUGCCUAACUACGACACGCCCACGGGCAAGAGAGAGACACAAUACUUGAAUUCCUUGGACUUCAUCUUCGUGCCAGUGUUCAACCCAGACGGGUACAAUUACACGUGGACAUCCGAUCGGUUGUGGAGGAAGAACCGGCAAGAGACGUAUUUAAGUUCGUGUCGCGGUAUCGACAUCGACAGAUCUUUCGGGUACGAGUGGUCCUCGAGCGAUGACUUCCCCUGCAACGAGAACUACGCGGGCGAGGUACCCUUCGAAGCCGUAGAAGCACGGCUGUGGUCGGAGUACCUGUACCACGUGAAGCGCGACUACAAGAUAUACGGGUUCUUAGACCUGCACUCUUACUCCCAAGAGAUCCUGUACCCAUAUGCGUAUUCCUGUGAAUCUGUCCCUCGCGACCUGGAGAAUCUGAUGGAGCUGUCAUUCGGGCUUUCGAAGGCCAUCCGUGCCGUUUCCGGGAAACAUUACGACGUGUUGCCCGCGUGCAAAGACAGGGGUUCCGAUUUGACACCUGGGCUUGGCUCUGGGUCCGCCCUGGAUUUCAUGUACCACAACCGUGCACACUGGGCCUUCCAGAUCAAACUGAGAGACACUGGGAACCACGGGUUCCUGCUCCCACCAAAGUACAUCGAGCCUGUCGGCAGGGAGGCCUACGGAGCGUUCAAGUAUUUCUGUGAUUUCAUCCUAGACCCGGAGAACUGA